UGUAAUGUUCCUUGUUAAAAUUCCUACCGACUGUACUAAAAUAUUUACGUACGGGUUUAUACCACUGGUUUAUACAAGAGAAAGUUAUACAUUCAAGCCUGUGGACUGCUCGUUAAAAAUUAUCGUGCCGUGACUGUUAUUACUGUCCUCCUGACUGCAGAACACGUGAGAAGCGUCUCAGUCGCUGCAAGAAAACACAACGUGACGUAGUCUGCAAUGCUAUAAAUAUGCAGUAUUACAGCCUUUAAAAUCCCUGUUUACCUGAGAAUUACUCCAGCACGCUUCUGUUGUAAACGCCAGGCUAAAUCCUGCUAUGGGUUUACUGAAGCAGUGCCAGCUCGCAGUAAGAACUGCAACAUGCUUCCUGAGUCCAAUUUCAGCAUCAAAGUCAUGGUUUUCCACCAAAGCCACCCGCCUAGGGGACAAGAACAUCCUGCUUAUGGGUCUUCCUGGAGCAGGGAAGACUACAGUGGGGAAGAUCGUGGCCCACAAACUGGGACUGCCCGCCGUAGACGUUGAUGACGACGUCUUGGAGACGACGUGGAAGAUGCCGGUGGCUGCCAAGCUGGCUGCGGUCGGUGGGAAUCGUUUCUUGGAGGAAGAAGGUCAGGCCUUGUGUAACUUCUCAGCCUCCGGUUGUGUCGUCUCCCUGACAGGCUCCAACCCGCUCCACUCUGAGGCGAUGCAGCACGUCAAGCAGGGCGGGCUGGUCGUUUACCUGGACAUAGACAGCGAGGACAUCAUGCAGAGACUCGCCGUGAUGAAGGUGAACAGGAUAGUGGGUCAGGAGGCGGGGGUAUCUAUGAGGGACAUUCUGCUUUACAGGAAACGGUUUUAUGAGAAAUGGCAUGACGUGCGGGUGUUUUGUGGAGCAGGAGACACCGCCGAGGAGGUGGCGGAGAAGGUGCUGAAGGCUGUGGAGAGAUAUCAGAACCAUGACGAGGAAACGUAUGUAUCCACCAGGUGUGACAGAGCGGGAUUGCCCAGUCAGAAGACAUACUUCAGUGAUGUGGUCAUAGAGGGCCUGGCUGCAGACGGCGGCCUCUAUGUCCCCAAAAAUGGCUUCCCAAAGAUUGAUGCACGCGAAUGGCUCAGACUAGCUGCCAUGUCAUACCCAGAGCGAGCAUUGGUUUUACUCGAGAAGUGCAUCCACCCUUUGGACGUCUCUGCAGUUGAUCUCCGAGCAAUGAUAUCCAAAGCAUACGGGUCAAACUUUUCAACUGAAGCAGUCGCACCUGUAAAACACCUCAUCCAUAACCAGCACGUUCAGGAGCUCUUUCACGGCCCCACCGCCUCAUUCAAGGACCUCGCCUUGCAGCUGAUGCCUCAGCUCUUUGCCUACUGCCUCCCGCCCAUGUGCAACUACCUCAUCCUGGUAGCCACAUCUGGGGACACCGGCAGCGCUGUGCUCAGCGGCUUCAGCAGGCUGAGCGGCACAGACAGAAGCAGAACGGGCGUGCUGGUGUUUUUCCCGGAGGAAGGAGUGAGUGAGAUCCAGAAGCUCCAGAUGACGAGCUACAGGGAGGGCAGCGCCAGGGCCGUCAGCGUCCUCUCAGACUUUGACUUCUGUCAGAGGAGCAUUAAGAGGAUGUUUGGCGAGUCUGGGCUGACCGGGCAUCUGGCUGUGGAAUACGGCACCGUCCUCAGCACCGCCAACUCCAUCAACUGGGCGCGGCUCUUGCCACAGGUGGUCUACCACUCCUCGGCCUAUCUGGAUCUGUGCAGGGACGGUGUGAUUAACUUCGGGGACCCCGUUGAUGUUUGCAUCCCUUCUGGUAACUUCGGCAACGCCAUGUCAGCUCUGUACGCCAAGCAAAUGGGCGUCCCCAUACGGAAAGUCAUCUGUGCGUCCAACCACAACCGCAUCAUCACCGACUUCAUCACCACAGGCGAGUACAAUCUGAGGGGAAGGCCUCUGAUGCUCUCCCACUCCCCGGCUAUAGAUAUCCUGAAAUCCUCCAACCUGGAGAGGUUUCUCUACCACGUCUCAAACGGAGACGGCCGUCUUGUCAAGGACCUGUUCACACGCUUAGACAGCGAACAGCACUUUCAGGUUCCUGAGUCGCUCCUUGGCAGAAUACGGCAGGAAGUGCUGGCGGGCUGGUGCUCUGAGGACGACUGCUUGGCCGCCAUCCAUAGCAUUCACAAAGACACGGGCUAUGUCAUGGACACGCACACCGCCGUGGCUAAAGUCGUUGCCGAUAGGCUGCAGGACGGAUCGUGCCCCGUGGUGCUUUGUUCCACGGCCCACUACGGAAAAUUUGCUCACGCUGUGUUCAAAGCUCUACGAAUCCAAAAUAUUCCCGAGGAUCCAGUUGAGCAGCUGAAGAAGCUGGAAGUCACCGCUUCCAGACCAGAAAUCCACAGAGAGAUGAUGAAAUGCUUGAAGGGAAGCGGCAGGAGACAACACACCGUUUGUCAGGCAGAUUAUGGCGUGUUGGUAGAAGAGGUAGAGAGCAUGAUACAGGACUCCUUCUUGAAGGUUAUGUAGAAAUAUUCCGACUUUCCUUCAUGUUCACGUUAAAUGAGAUCAAAAUGGCGAAAAAUACUAAGUAUUUCUUGGAUGUGCAAAUUCAUUCAAGUCUAUUUAAACAUUUUUAAGCAAAUUCUCAUCAUCAAAGUCAUGAAAUCGCUUUUAAAAACAUCAUUUAAAAGGCCAACUUCUGGCUGAGCCUUGUUGCACAGUAAUAGGGCUUUAAACUGUUUUAUUACUCCAGUUAUUGACUAUGCAACAUUUCUUUACAUCAUUACCUAGGGUCCUGGCCCACUAGAUGGGGAUGUCUGCCUCUUGCCCUCUGAUGUGUGUGCCAGCCUUUCAGUAGUAGCAAGGCCAAAUAAAAUGUCAAACUGUGAUAUGAAAUCAAUAUCCUCAUUCAUGGAGAUAGUUAUCUCCCUUUAGUUUAAUGAUGAGCUAAAUUAUACAAUAUUUUCUCAGUGUCUGUUCAGGUACAUUGUGUCUUUGAUCAGUAUAUUUCCACACCAAUAAAUACUGACAGACGUGAGAGCUUUUAAUUCUGGGUCAGUGUUUUAUGUACUCCAUCUCUUUGUUCUAACUUUGCACGUUCUUUGCUCCCGGUCGCUUGUUGUAUUGAAAUACAGACAAUAAAGUGAUUUCUGUGA